AUGAGGCGUUUUGAUGGCAGGGGGACUUUGUCGUUAGAAUCGGGCGCAGCUGUCUGUGAAUUUUUUUUAAAGGCGGCCUGUGGAAAAGGAGGCAUGUGCCCGUUCCGACACAUCAGUGGGGAAAAGACAGUUGUUUGCAAACAUUGGCUACGAGGACUGUGCAAAAAGGGAGACCAGUGCGAGUUUCUGCACGAGUACGACAUGACCAAGAUGCCCGAGUGUUACUUCUACUCCAAAUUUGGGGAAUGCAGUAACAAAGAAUGUCCAUUCUUGCACAUUGACCCGGAGUCUAAGAUCAAAGACUGUCCCUGGUAUGACAGAGGCUUCUGUAAACAUGGUCCCCUCUGCAGACACCGACACACUCGAAGAGUCAUUUGUGUGAAUUACCUAGUAGGAUUCUGUCCAGAGGGGCCUACCUGUAAAUUCAUGCACCCUCGGUUUGAACUGCCAAUGGGAACCACAGAGCAACCACCGCUGCCUCAGCCGACACAAACACAGCAAAAGAGGACACCCCAAGUCAUCGGAGUCAUGCAGUCUCAAAAUAACAACAGUGGGAACAGAGGACCCCGGCCGUUGGAGCAGGUCACCUGCUACAAGUGUGGUGAAAAAGGUCAUUAUGCCAACAGAUGCACCAAAGGACAUCUGGCCUUUCUCAGUGGACAGUGAAAGAGCAGAAUGAAGAGUGCAAGGGAGCUAUUAACACUGAGAAAAGGUUUCUGCCUAGCACUAUGUCGUGAACUAUUAAUCAGGUUGUUUUUUAAUGCCAUUACUGAAAGAACUGGUCAGAGGCUGGCUGCUGCUAAGCAACAUUUUUGUAAUUGUCCACAACUUUUUUUUAUGUUUUAACCUUUUUAAAAUAGAUUUUGGCCUCCGCCUAUUUUCAUUGAGCCCUGCUGAAAGGUAGAUCUAAAAGCCAAUAGAUAUGCAAACCCCGCACCGGUGCAGCACUCUACGUAAUCGCAUCUUACGCCAGUGUUUCUUUAAAGUGUUUUCCUUCCGCCACUUCUCUUUGGAAAACCUGCAGCGUUUCAGCCCUCCCUGUGGAAGCAGGAAGACUGACUGGGAAAACUAAUACUUGAAAUGCCUUCCCUUCAGUGAGGAAGCAGGGAUUCUGCUGUCCUGUAGCUCUUAAAAAGCAAAGUCGUGUUCCCGGGUCCAGCCUGUUGUAGUCGAUAAGCUUGUCCUGGUGGCUGACUUAACGCAUCACGUACAUCAGGCUGUAAAACUCUCGUCCACUUGCUUUGUUUCUGUGCUUCUUGCUAUACUGAAGGUUAGAAAUUCAUCUUCUGGGUGAGAACCGAUCAAGGGGAGAAUAAAUUGGCAUCUCUGUGGUUAGCCAAGCGAUGAGGAACAAUGAUUGUAGGAAAGCUGCAUCUGUGCUCAUUUUCCAUUUGCAAAAAGCAAGGGGGGAAAUGAACACGGCUUGAAGAGUAGGAAUAGGAGAGCCUUGUCUCGGUGCCCCCGUCGUCCAGCUCACACUGAGCAGGUAUUUCCAUAGCCUAGAGAAGACCAAGAAGUGGAGAUGUGUAUUCUUAUGGAACACUGCUUUUAAAAGUGAUAGAGCAUUCUUCUGAGAGCAAAUUUUGCAAGCCAAAAC